AUGGUUGCAGAUGUAGCCGGUACAGGGUCAGCGUUCCUCAGCAAUCCAAAACUUCUCGAAUGGAUUGAAGGAUCUUCCAAUAUCCUCGCCUGUGUUGGCGGGCCUGGGGUUGGCAAGACUUUACUUGUUUCAAUCUUAUACGAUCAUCUACAAGAUAAGUACUCAAGUCUGGAUACUGCAGUGGUUGCAGUCUACCUUGACUUCAAUCAACCUGACCACCACAGCUGGACGGCGCUUUCUGCCAGCUUUGUGCGGCAAAUGGCCGAACUCGGAACAGGCCCCUCUGGUGACCUGAUUGAAAAAUAUCAGUCAAAAACUGCCAAUGGCCUUAAGGCUACAGAAGAGGAUUACAGAGCUGUUCUGAUGUCUCAAAUAUCUUCGUUCGCCAGAGUAUUCGUGCUGGUAGAUGCUUUGGACGAGGCAAAUGAAGCAUCACGCGCUCUGUUGCUUAAGGAAAUGGCAAGCUUGCAAAAAAUAUGGCCAAAGGUUAAGUUUUUGUCCACUUCAAGGUGGUUUCCUGCCAUUCCAAAUGCAACGAGGCUGGAUGUUGACACCGAUGAAGAGGACAUGCGCAAGUUUCUUGGGAAAGAGCUGGAGAAAAAUGAUCACUGGGUCCGCGAACGCAAUCUCCCCAAGGAAUUCAUCAACAGUAUGCUGAAUACAAUAGUCAAAGCUGCCCAGAGAAUAUUCUUGAUGAUUCGUCUCUCUCUUGAGGCUCUUUUCGAAAGCCAGACGCGGAGAGAGGUACAGAAAACACUGGCGAAGCUACCAGACACCAUGGACAAGGCAUAUGACGAUGUUAUUAAUCGGAUCCAGAGAGACAGUAACAACAACAGAGCCUUUGAAACUCUUACUUGGUUACUUUACGCCUUCGAACCUAUCAGCGCAAACGGUGUUCGACACGCCCUCGCUGUUGACCUGGACGACAAAGCGUUCUUUGAGGAUGACCUUGUUCCAGAAACACUGUUACUGAGUUCCUGCAAGGGGCUCGUCGUCAUCGGACAACAGGGCGGCCUGCUGCAUUUCUCUCACGAAACAGUGCACAAUUACUUGAGGAAACAUGAGCAUAAACUUUUCUCCAACUGCCAUACCAUGCUGGCUGAGAAAUGUUUGAUUUACCUUUCGCAUGGGGAGGUUCCUCAUAAGCUGCAAGGGGGAGGGACAUCAUUUUUCGAAUACGCCUCCCGAAACUGGGGCUCGCAUGUUCGAAUGGCGGGAUCCGACAGCCACCUGUCAAAAAAAGUUGAUGCAUUCAUUUCCGACCACACGAAGCUAUCACGCAGUGUCAAGUGUAUUGAUAUCCUUCAAUAUCGGGCUGCAUAUCACCCAGUUCAUAUCUUGGCACACUUCGACUUGCGGGAGAUCUUCGAGGAUCAGAUCCGCAUCGACCAGUCGCGAGAAUUACUCAAAGACAAGCAUGAGCGAACGACAUUAUUCUUUGCCGCCGAAGCCAAUAGCCCGGCUAUUGUGGAGCUGUUAAUAGGCAGGGGUAUCGUUGACGUGAACCUCGCAGACAGGCGAGGUUUGACUCCCCUGCUGAUUGCACUUCGUCAUGGCUACACCGAAGUUGCGAAGGCUAUCAUACACCAUCCUCGGCUCGACCUUGAACGAUUCGACACUCGAGGGUUCACACCAUUGCAUGAGGCGGUAGUGCGGAAGAAUCAUGAAAUCCUGAGACUACUCCUGAACAAAGGAGUGAACAUUGCGGCUGAAACCAGCUCAGGAAAGACUGCGCUUGGCAUCCUUGCCAAUCUGAUUGUCAGCACCGACAUCAAAACGAUCAAUCGGUAUGCCGCCCUUGCAGACGCCACGAAAUUCAUGACGCGAAACGACGUUUUGGAAGCGCUACUCACCAGGGGCGCCGAUGUAUUUUUCCGUGACAGACAUGGCACCACGGCACUUCACUGCGCCGCAAAGACAAGCAAUUGGAAAGCGACAAGGCUCUUGCUGCAACACAACGCCGACCCGAAUGCUCCUGAUCUUGAUGGAAUGACACCGCUUCAUCUUGCCUGCAAAAACGGAUCUGCAGCAGAUGUACGGCAAUUGGCUUGCGUCAUGACCGACUUGAACGGCCUUGCAAUCCAUAAUAACCGGGGGGUAACCGCUUUAUACCUUGCGGAACAAAACGGCUUCCGACAGAUCGCCGAAUAUCUUCGAGAACGAAACGCACAGAGCAUAUCGCAAGCCAGCAUCGUUGCGACGCCGGUGGUAGAUCGCACAGUGUCAGCGGCGUCCUCAAACCUUAAGGAUCGGAGGCGAGCGAACGAAUUUGUCCUCGCAGCUGAGGAUAACAACAUUAACAAGAUGACCAAAAUGAGGGACUAUGGAAUAGACAUCGAGUCGAGGAUUACUGGAGCGGGGAGCGAUUACACCGCUCUGCACAACGCUGCCUAUUACGGCCGUGUGAAAAUUCUACGGUGGCUACUAAAUCUCGGAGCUAAUGUCAAUUCUCGAGAUUUCCUCGGCCGGACCCCGCUUUUCAGAGCCUGCAUGAAUGACCAACGUAAAAUCGUUGAUAUCUUGCUCGAUCACGGCGCUGAUCCUGACGCGCUGGACAACAAUGCCACACGUCCGUUCGAAGCUGCCACCGACGAAAAAAUCCGCAGGCUGUUGCGCGAACGCAGUGCCAUAAGCCAUGACCCCGAAUGCUUCAGUGCGCUCCACAAAGCCGUCCGUGAUAAGGAUGUCGACGCAGUAGGACGGAUCAUCGAAGGCGGAGAUCACGUAACCCAGAUGUCAUUCGAUGGAGACGGAAACACCCCGUUACACUACGCAGCCAUCAACAACCUGGAUCAGAUCGUCAGCGAAAUGGUAACCAAGGGCAUCGACGUGGACCAGGUCAACCGAUACGGCCAAACGGCUUUGGACGCAACAGUGUCUCGCCGAGCUUUCCACAAAGCAGAAUCCGAUACAUCGCGCCGGAUUGUCGAGAUGCUUGGGUGGCCGAGCUUCCGGAGGGACGGAGGGCUGAACUUCGUGCACCGCAUCGGACCAGAGUUUAACAAAAUACCUUUGCAUUGGGCGGCUGAGAAGGGGAAUCUGGCACAAGUUGAGCUCCUAUUGGCCUGGGGUAGUGACCCCAACCGCCCAGACAGAUUCGGGGAAACUCCUCUGCACUAUGCAGCCGAGAACGGCCAUACAGAGGUCACGAAGCGCCUGAUACCAGUCACGGAAGUAAGAAAACUGGAUAAGCAGGGAUUUACUCCGCUAAGGAAGGCACGAGAGAGAAACAGGGCGGCCACAGUGCGCUUGAUGCUUCCUUUUUGGACAGAGGCAGACGUACGCGCCACGGACGCACAGAAGAAGUCAUUCAAAGACUGGGCUAUCGAGCUAAAGUUGUAUGAUGCCGAAGCCAAGGUUUGGGUGAAUUUGCCUUGUGAUAUGAAAGAGCCACCGUUGCUAGACUGA